AUGCUGGGGCUGAGUGCUGUCGUCGCCAUCGCCGCGUCUGGUGCGGCCAUCUUCGUCGUUAUCUCGGUGGUCAGUAUAGUUGUCUGGGUCAGAUAUCGCAAAGAACGCCAUGCAUUGGCGCUGCUCGGUUUUAAACAGGGGAGACAUACGAAGGGAUUACAGUCGUUCCCAGUGGAUACUAUGACAGAGUUGAGUCAGGCGGAGGGAAGUGUUCUGAGGACUCACGGUCAGCUUCCAUAUGGGAAACCAAGUGAAUGGGGGCAAUUGACCUCCAGAGAAAAUUUACUGCGACCGAAGAACAGCUCUGAAUCGUCCUUCCCUCUGACCGAGAAAGCUCGUUCCCUCCGCCACUCCUUGUCUCGUUCUCGGUCGAAACGCCUUUCAAAGUCUUCACAUAAACGAAUGAGUUCUUUGGCUACUCUGGAUGAAACAAGUAAUAUUCCCAGUCCUCCUCCAAAAGCGUCGAUUUCUAAGGAAGAUGUUCCCCUCUCGGCUGUUGAGGGAAUUCUUGAGCUUCCAGCAGAGAGAACGCCUAGGCAAACACCAGAUCCAAACGAGGACGACACGGGAUUUCAUCUUGGGAUGCGGCCAGUAUCUCCUGGGUGGGCGUUUCCAUGGCCAAAGGAAAGAUCAGGGCUCUUCCCUGUGAUGGAAGAUCACAAUUCUCCUCAGGGCUUCGAUCCACCAUCUAUGGUCUUCGAUGAAUCUCCUCAGCGCUUACGAGGUGGAAGUAUCACCAGUCAAACGGCUGGUAUGGUACCACGUCAAUCUAUCCCUCCGCCACCAGCAGCAGCAUAUCCCCCAGACAGAUUUAGUUACGCUCGCAAUGAUUCCAUCUCGCGUAUGUCUUCUAUGAGUCUGGAUACCACAAACAGCUCAAUCUUGGACGACGGCAGAAAUGGACCCAGGUCGGCCGAUACUGAUUUGACCUCGCCAAUCUUCCCAUCAGACGGCACAUUCUUCCCCUUCAGUGCAGCUGACGUUGGAGUCAAGGAUGGCCGUCGGAGCUUUGUUGCAACAAACACUUCGAUUCCCCCAAUGCGCAAUUUCCCUGUGCGCUCUUCUUCGACCAGUGAAAGUCGCCACAAAACUGCGUCCAUCUCACCCCGGCGCAGCAUGACAACCAUUCGGUAUUCCAAUGUAUCUGGUAGUCAAUUUAGUGGAGCUCCUCGUCGAACUGAUUCACGCUCGUCGGUCAACCCUCCAUCGAGACAUGCAUCCCUUCGAUAUGCUGGAGCACCUCGUCGAACUGACUCUCUCUCGUCGUCCAACCCUCCGUCGAGACAUGCAUCCCUUCGAUAUGCUGGAGCACCUCGUCGAACUGACUCUCUCUCGUCGUCCAACCCUCCGUCGAGACAUGCAUCCCUUCGAUAUGCUGGAGCUCCUCGUCGAACUGACUCUCUCACGUCGUCCAACCCUCCGUCGAGACAUGCAUCCCUGAGAUCCGGGACACCAGUUGGCAACUCAGGUUAUCGCAACUCCUCAAACAGCUGGCGUUUUUCCGGCUCGCAGAUGUCUUUCGUGCCACACUUCAGCCAGUUCCAAAACAAUCCUGUCUAUGAGCAAGAGCAAAUGAACAACGACCCCUUUUACGUUGGCUCACCUGGUGGCGGGACUUUGUUCCACCCUGUUGGAUCGCCGAGUAAUUCAACCAAGAGCCACCAGCCACCGAGCCCAAGGCAACGCUCGAGUCACUCUCUCAAGUCUCCUCUUCCAUCAGCACUGAAGGGAGGAAACUCCCAACGCAAGGGUCACCGCCGUCAAAACUGUGUCCGAAUUUCAAUCCACCCGCCGUUGACAUUUGGUUCUUCGACAUUCGCUUCCACACUGGAAGAAGAGCCAGAGGAUUUUGAUAACAUGGAGGAGCUGGAUCUCCGCGAAAGUACGAUGAAUAGCCCGGCUAAGCCUUUGCCCUCAUUGCCACCAUCCUCAAUGUCGUCGCCGGUUGGUUCCCGACGCAGCAAGUACGGUAGCAGACGAGGCAAGCCAACACUUGGCUCACUUGGGCCUUUAGCCGAGGAGCCUCAGCUUUCAACUAUCAACGCCAAAGUCGACCACAGUCUCGACAACAAAACAAAAAACGACCCAUUCUUAUCCACUGGAAAGAAGCACCUGGGCCGAAAUGACCACUCUCUUCCCGAUCUCUUCACCUCUAUCCCUCCUUCCGACGGCACCUGCCUAUCUCACACCCCCUCGCCUGAACGUGUACCUCCAGUUUGGGAAGUACCCGAUGUCCCAUCUCCAUCUUACGAAAGCUCAUCUCCAGGCACUGGCAGCCCUCGACGCUCCGGAGUCAAGGGACCACGCCAUCAGCCCCAGUCUCGAGGUACAGCAACCCGCAGCCAAUCUGCGCGUGUAUCGCGGUCAUUCGACCAGAUAGAAUCAAGUCCCCUUGGAUCCCCGAGUCGUCUCCCUCUCGUUAUGAGUAUCACCGGUACAGAAGGCAGCGACUGGCGCCGUUCCACAGACUCCAUUCAGCGCACACGAACCGACGCAGCAGACCGUACCUACCGCCGAAACCGUGACUCAAUGGGCAGCAUGGAGGGCGGUCUUGGGCCAAUCGGUGCUUCUUCGCCAAUAUAUAACACGCGCCGGUCAUCAGUAGUCAAAGAUCGUGUUCAUAUUUUCGAAGACGUCAACCGUACCCAGUCCAGGUAUAAAUCGCCGUCCAAAUCGACUGGUGUUCAACCGAUUGGAACUCUCACUACCCCUGAAUCCUCUCCUACUCGGGCUAAGAACAGCACUCCCCGUUCUAUGCCCAGCUAUCAACAAUAUAAUCCGUCUGGUCCUCCUGGUCAACAUGCAACCCCUCCUCCUGCUUCCGCUCGACGGGGUAUGAGUACUCCCAUCGGCAAGGGUCUUGGUCUUAAAAUUGGAACUACUACCCCAGGCAGUCUAUAUGAUGGUGACGGGUUCUUGCGUGAAUAA